GCCACGGGAAGGGAGAUGCCCACGGGAGGCAGGUGCAACGGGAGGGGAGAUGCCCACGGGAGGCAGGUGCCACGGGAAGGGAGAUGCCCACGGGAGGCAGGUGCAACGGGAGGGGAGAUGCCCACGGGAGGCAGGUGCCACGGGAAGGGAGAUGCCCACGGGAGGCAGGUGCAACGGGAGGGGAGAUGCCCACGGGAGGCAGGUGCCACGGGAAGGGAGAUGCCCACGGGAGGCAGGUGCAACGGGAGGGGAGAUGCCCACGGGAGGCAGGUGCCACGGGAAGGGAGAUGCCCACGGGAGGCAGGUGCAACGGGAGGGGAGAUGCCCACGGGAGGCAGGUGCCACGGGAAGGGAGAUGCCCACGGGAGGCAGGUGCAACGGGAGGGGAGAUGCCCACGGGAGGCAGGUGCCACGGGAAGGGAGAUGCCCACGGGAGGCAGGUGCAACGGGAGGGGAGAUGCCCACGGGAGGCAGGUGCCACGGGAAGGGAGAUGCCCACGGGAGGCAGGUGCAACGGGAGGGGAGAUGCCCACGGGAGGCAGGUGCCACGGGAAGGGAGAUGCCCACGGGAGGCAGGUGCAACGGGAGGGGAGAUGCCCACGGGAGGCAGGUGCCACGGGAAGGGAGAUGCCCACGGGCGGCGGGAGCAGCGCGGACCGGCGCGCAGCAAUGCCUCCCACAGCUCCCCCGCCCCGCGCUGUCCCGCUGCCUCUGCCAUUCCCGAGCUGCCCUUCCCGGCAGCAGGCGUGAUGGGAACCGGACUCUUUUACUUUCAUUCUACUGGGAAAGCAGAGGGAAAAAAAAAAACAAAACUGGGAAUUUCCCCGGCCGUCACCGAGGGUUUAAAAGGCACCGGGAAGCACCGCGCCGGCAGAGCAGGCGAGGCGGCGGGGCCGACGGCUGGGAGCCAGCGGAGCAGGAAGAUGCCAAUAAAGAUUUUAUCAAGAGCAAUAUGCCAAAGAAGAGUAUUUUGAGAAGCCACCACUAGGAAGGGGAAGAGCAGCCCUGCCAGUGAGGAGGAGAUGGCAAUCGGGCUCCUCGCUGCCCAGAGCCCGGUGCUUGAUCCAGGCUUUGCCCAAGCUUUGUCAGGCGCCAGAAUUGUUCCUGCUCUGUCUGCUGGAGCCUGGGGUGUGCCCAAAACCCAGCUGGGACUGAGCCCUGCUCACAUCACCUGCUGCCCUCAGCUCCAGGGACAGUCCUCCUCACCUCACCGGCUUUGGAGCUGAUCCUUGUUCCUUUCGGUGCCUCCAGGGAGGUGAAUGUGGGAGAAAUUAACAUUUCAGCCAGGAAAAAUUAUCAAAAUCCUGUUCCUGCUUUAGUGAGGCACAGAAGAAAGAAGGGAUUGGGUGUUGGUUUCUGUCAAUGUAUAUUCUUUUACUUUUCCUACUUUAACAAGUGCCUUUUUAGGAAGGAGGGUAGUCAGGUAACAGCAAUAAUCAUUGCAGAUAUUAACCCAUAU